AUGUGGCCCACGCUGCUGCUGCUGCUGCCGCUGGCCCUGGCCGCGCUGGCGCUGGCCCGGGUGGCCCAUCGGCUGCUGGCCCCGUCGGGCAACCCCUUCGCAGGGCCACCCCCGGGGCCACCACGGCCCCUGGUGACCGACCAGCGCGCCCGGGACAGGGUCCUGAAGCAGGGGUUCAGUGCCCGGCGCGUGCCCGAGCGCCUGGACGCCGUGGUCAUCGGCAGCGGCGUGGGGGGCCUGGCGGUGGCCGCCACGCUGGCCAAGGCGGGCCGCAGGGUGCUGGUGCUGGAGCAGCACGAGCAGGCCGGGGGGUGCUGCCACACCUUCCAGCAGCACGGCGUCGAGUUCGACGUGGGCAUCCACUACGUGGGGCAGCUGCACGAGGGGAGCCUCCUGCGGGUGGCCCUGGACCAGGUGACAGACGGGCAGCUCUGCUGGCACCGCCUGCCUGACCCCUACGACGAGGUGACCCUGGGGCCCCGGCGCUACCUGCUGCGCUCCGGCAAGGUGGCCUUUGUCACCGCGCUGGAGGAGCAGUUCCCCGACGAGAAGGAGGCCAUCAGGGAGUUCAUGAGGCUCUCCAAGGUGUGGCCCUGGGCCACGGGCGGCCCGGGAGCCACAGCAGUGACAGCCCUGAGGCCGUGGUGGUGGCCAGUGCCGCUGGUGGCACACGGUGGUGUCACCCAGGUGGCCUCGCGGCACGCGGCGCUGCUGGCCCUGCUGAAGCUGUCCCCUCGCUGGCUCGUCGCCGCCCUGCUGCGCUCGGGGCUGCUGCCCCGCCUGUCCCCCGUGUUCCGCCUGGCCGCCACCAGCCACAGCCAGGCCGCCGCCCGGCUCACCGCCAACCGCGACCUGCGCGCCCUCUUCGGAUACCUCUUCUACGGCACGGCCCCGCGGGACUCGAGCUUCCUGGUGAGCGCGCUGAUGGUUCACCACUACCAGCGCGGGGCCUGGUACCCGCGGGGGGGGGCCAGCGAGGUCGCCUUCCACGCCGUGCCCGUCAUCGAGCGCGCGGGGGGGGCCGUGCUCGUGCGCGCCCCCGUCACGCGCGUGCUCGUCAGCGCCGACGGCACCGCCCUGGGGGUGGCGGUGCGGGCGGGGCCCGGCGAGGAGGAGCUGGAGAUCCGCGCCCCCCUCGUCAUCUCGGACGCGGGGGUCUUCAACACCUUCGGGAAGCUGCUGCCCCCCCACGCCCGCGGGCACCCCGGUGUCCGCUCCCUGCUGGCCGCGCUGCGGCCGGGCAUGGGCUCCUUCCUGGUCUUCGUGGGGCUGCGGGGCAGCGCGGCCGAGCUGGGGCUGCCCCCCACCAACUUCUGGAUCUACCCCCACAACGACCUGGAUGCCAUGAUGACCCGCUACGCCGCCCUGAGCCGCGACGACGUCCCCGAGAACCUGGCCAUGAUGUUCAUCACCUUCCCCGCCGCCAAGGACCCCACGUACGAGCAGCGGCACCCAGGCAGGUCCUGCAUGACCAUCCUGACCAUGGCACGCUACGAGUGGUUCGAGGAGUGGGCCGGGAGCCGCCCCCGCCACCGCGGCCCCGACUACGAGCGCUACAAGAUGGACAUCGCCCAGCGGCUGCUGGACAGGGCCCUGCUCCGCUUCCCGCACCUGCGGGACAAGGUGGACUUCGUGGAGGCGGCGACGCCGCUGAGCAACCAGCACUACCUGGGGGCUGCGCGGGGGGAGAUGUACGGCACGGAGCACGACCUGCGCCGCUUCAGCCCCGCCGUGCUGGCCGCGCUCAGACCCGACACGCCCGUCAGGAACCUCUACCUGACAGGGCAGGACGUGUUCUCCUGCGGGCUGGCGGGGGCCGUGCACGGGGGGCUGCUCUGCGCCUCGGCCGUGCUGGGCCGCCUGCUCUACCUGGACCUGCUGCUCCUCAAGAGGAAAAUCAAGCGGCGCCAGGGCCGCCACACGGCCUGA